AUGGUAAAAAGUCAAAUAUGGCAUCUAAGAAUCCAGAUUAAAAAAGCAGAUAAAACUGUGAAAACGAAAAGCAGUGCUGGCAAAGAAAAUGAAGACGGAACAGUAAUAUACAAAAAUGGAGAGAACAGCCAGGAAGAAAGUACUCUAAACCACGAAGAGAUAGAAAAGGAAAGCGAAACAAGUGAAACACGAGAAGACGAAAUGAAGGAAGAUGCGCACGAUACAAUAAAUGAAAAAAAAACCGAAGAUGAUAACCAGAACUUGAAUGAAACGGAGGAGAUGAAAGAAAAUGAUCUGCAAAAAGAAAAGGAUCUGCAGAAAAAAAAUGAUCUGCAGGAAGAACAGGAUCAGCAGGAAGAAACUGAUCUGCAGAAAGAAAGUAGUGCACAAGAAGAGAAGACGACUGUAAAAAGUAAGGAGAAAAAAGUAUCAGAAUUAGAGAAUAAGUUGAGAACAGAAAAAGAUAUUAAAGAAUCUUUAAAGCAAGAAUGUGAGGAAUUAAGAAAGAAAAACAUGGAUCUACAGGAGAAGGUCAUCAAUAGGAUGGAUGAAUUCGCUUCUCGAAAAAUCAAUCCUUUUGAAAUAAUGUCAAAGAGUAAGAUUGAAGUGGGGUAUGUGAGAGAAGAUGGAAACAUUCAUUGUGGUAACGAUGUAUACAUCAGCUUAACAGCAUACGAUAAUGCUAAGAGUAAUGCUGCUAGAAAUAAUGAUUCUAACAGUCAUUUUGUAAAGGAAAUUGCCGUUUCAAUCAUUGGAAUUAAGGAGUUAAAAGAGACCAGCAUUACUGGCAGAAGCUGCAAUCGAACAAAACACAAAGAACCAAAACGAAAAACGGAUCCGACAAAAUUAGGCGCAGUUUAUAGUAUUUUUGAAUACUAUUUGAAAACAGAAAAGCUUUUAAGUCCGGUUGAAAUUGAAGACCAAAAACGAGAGAAAAGCAAACCUGGCAAAGGAAAAACUAAAAGAAAGGAAGAUAAAGAAGUAGACGAAAGUGAAUCGGAAGAAGGAGAAGCAGAGGAUAUAACAAAAUCUGAUGAAGAAUCUCAACCUGAUAGUCAAUCUGAAAAUGGAGAGAAAGAAUCUGAGAGUGAAGAAGAUUCUAAAGAUGAAAAUGAUGACUCUGAAGACGGAAGCAAUUCUGAUGAGGGAAUCAAUUCUGAUGUUAAAAAAAGAAGUAAGAAAAGAAAUUCAGAAGAUAAAGUAGAAUAA